CACAUGACUAGGUAUGUAAAAUAAAAAGAGUAAAUUAUUUUUCUUUUAAUAAAAUAAACCAAAAUGAAACGUAGAAAGGCAAAUCAAUGAAAACUAAGUACUUAUAACAGUAUUAACUAACUUCCAUUUCUCGCGCUUAUCCAUCUCCCUCAUUUUCAUUUUCCUUCCCUCUUCAAUGCUCUUCUAGUUUUCUUCCAACUAAAAAUUUCUGUGUUUGUUCAUCCUGGUUUUUCUCCUUGCAUAAUUUCUAUGAUGUUCUUACAGGAUAUGUACAUUCUGUACAUAUUUUUGAUUAUAUUAAUUAAUAAUAUUUGAAGGCAAAAAAGAGGAAGAGGAAGAAGAAAAAAAUGGCGCCAAGAAAAGUGUCAUCCGUAUCCGGGACCGUCCCGGGAAGAUUCCGACAAGAAAUUCUGGUGUGCCAAUACACAGAUAUGAUGAGUUCAGGAGGUUAUAUAUGGAAUGGUGGAGAUCCAUUUUCUUUCACCCUUCCAGUUCUCUUGGCACAGCUUUCUAUUGUGGUCUCCAUUUCAAGAACAAUUUAUUUACUCCUGGAACCUCUUAAACAAAGUAUGCUCAGUGCCCAACUUAUUACAGGAAUCAUAAUUGGAAAAUCGUUUAUGGGACGGAUUGGACAUUUUACUGAGGUCCUUUUUCCUCCAGGAGGUAGACUAACAAUUGAAACCGCUGCUGAUUUUGGCUUUCUUUUCCAUCUAUUCACACUGGGAAUAAACAUCGAUCCAUCCCUGGUGAAGAAAACCCGAAAAGAUGCCGUCGCAAUAGGGCUAACAGGUUUUGUGUUGCCACUCACAGUUGGGAUAUUUUCAGCCUUUAUCCUACCUCGUUUGAUGGAGUUUGAUGGAGAAAUACAAGAGUCCAUCCUUCGUAUAGUUACCAUAAACUCACUCUCUUCGUUCCCAGUGAUUACCGGCUUACUUUCUGACCUCAACAUUCUCAACUCAGACAUCGGGCGGAUAGCCACGUUAGCUUGUUCAGUUAAUGAGAUCUGCAAUUACAUUGUGUAUGCCAUACAGACUAUAAUGAGCUCCAUCAUACGCUACAGACAAUGGAACGCCGUGUGGUGGUACCUCGUUUGGGGCGCGUGCCUAACGAUUCUUUUUAGUUAUGUGGCCCGGCCGUGGAUGGUAUAUUUGGCUAGAUCUAUACCAGAAGGAACACCUUUGAAGGAAUUCCAGUUCUUGUCGAUUAUUCUGGCAGCGUUGACGUGUGGUUUUUUCACUGAACUCAUAGGCGUGCCUGCUGGAAUCGGAGCAUUCAUUUUUGGCAUAGCGAUCCCUGAUGGACCACCUGUAGGAUCUUACAUCAUACAAAAGAUUGACACAUUCUGUACCGGCCUGUUACUUCCGGCCAAAUUCGCUGUCACUGGCUUAUCUAUGGACCUAUUCUCAAUAAACAAAAAUGAGCAAACCUUCCUGAUUGAAGUGGUCAUCCUGUUGGGCUACUUAGGCAAAUUCGCCGGCGUUCUGCUUUCGUCACUUUAUUUCCAGACACCUUUAGUUGAUGCUAUCUGUCUUGCUUCCAUCAUGUGCUGCAAAGGGAUCAUCGAGAUUACUAUAUAUAUAAUGUUGAAGGAAGACAAGUUGAUAGACGAGGAAACAUAUGCGCUUCUGUUGAUCACAAUGCUGAUUGUGACAGGAAUUGCAAGGCCUGUAGUAUGGUACUUUUAUGAUCCAUCAAAAAGAUACUCAUCAGAGCCGGCAAAUAGCAUUUUAUUCUCCGAUCCCAAAAGUGACCUCCGAGUUAUGGUUUGUGUCCACAAUGAAGACAAUGUCCCAACAAUUAUCAACCUUCUGCAAGCCUCAAACCCAACUCGAACCUCGCCAAUGUCGGUAUUCGUAUUAAACCUAAUGGAGCUAAGUGGAAGAGCAGCAGCUGUGCUUGAGAGAAAUGUAUACAGGGGAAGACUCACUUCAAUGCGGAGUAGAUCUGAACACAUAGCAAAAGCCUUCAACUAUUUCUGCCAGAACAUUCCAGGUAUCACAACAAUGCAGCAUUUUACUUCCAUCGCGCCAUACGCCAGCAUGCAUGUAGAUAUAUGCACAAUUGCCGUGGAUGUGAGAGCAAACAUUGUGAUCCUUCCUUUCCACAAAAUCUGGGAAAUAGAUGGAACCAUCGGAACAAACUUGCCCGCGAUUAGGACAGUUAAUCAGAAAGUCAUUCAGAAAGCUCCUUGCUCAGUUGGCAUCCUAGUUGACCGCGGACAUGUAGCUGGAAACCUAAGCAUCGCCAACGCAAGGUUCUACAUCACUGUGCUUUACAUCGGCGGUCCAGAUGAUCGCGAGGCACUGGCAUACGCGAGCCGGAUGGUUGGACAUCCAAACAUAAACCUAACAUUGGUUUGGCUAACAUGGAUCGGCUAUGGCAAAGUCGCAAGUGAAAUCGAGGAUGAUAUAGACUAUGACAUGAUCAGACAAUUCAGGGCUAAUACCAUUGCCAAUGAGAGAGUGUUCUUCAAGGAAGAAAUCGCGAGAGACGCCGUUUGCACAACAAGGGUACUUCGCUCUUUGGAGGAUGGUUGUAAUAUGUGCAUAGUUGGAAGACAACACGACCCGGAAUCGCCGAUUAUACAAGGACUAACAGAUUGGAGUGAAUGCCCUGAACUUGGAGAUAUUGGAGACAUGUUAGCUACUACAGAUUUUAGAUUUUCACUGCUGGUGGUUCAACAAUUACCUCCAGGAGUUGCUUUUCCUGAUAGAAGUACCCUUCGAACUGUUCCCAGUAGUCACACUGCAUUUUCUUAGUGUUUAAUUCAAGUAGUUUCUUUCCCCGUUUCUGGGGAAAAAAUGUAAUGAAUGAAUGUAACUGAUACCAUUUGUAGCUGUAGC